AUGGAGGGUGAGCUCUCAGCUUGUGGCUCGGCAGCAAGUCCGGCGACUCACGCUUCAUCAAUACCAAUCACAGGAGUUGUUAAAAGAGGUAGUCGAUCUGAUAUCUGCUAUUCCUUCGCACCACAGCUGACAUGCCAUGAGGCCGGCGCUCUCGUGCCUCGCGGCCUUGUCGCGCGCACCGCCGAGGAAGCUCGAGCAGCCGUGGAGGAACUCGGAAACAAUAGUCUGCUUAGUGCGCAGCUUCUUAAGCGAAAAGAAGCCGCCGAUUUAGUAGCUCGCAGCCCUCAGCAGGCAGCCCAGCUCGCCGCUGAUCUUCUUCGGUCGUCCAACGACGGCAGCAUCGUCGCCAAAGAGCUGUACAUCUCACAGCCGGCCUCUCACGAUGAAGUCUGGUACCUAGCCAUGACCAUAGACCGCGAGGCCUGCCAGCCCGCCAUCGUCAUCUCCCCGCACGGCGGCCAGGACAUCCGCUCCAUCGCCGCGCAGCACCCGGGCAGCAUCCGCACCUACCCCUUCUCCCUCGACGAGGGUAUCCGCGCGCCGCUCGUCUCACGUAUCGCCUCCGACCUCGGGCUGUCCGACUCCCCCGCCGAGGCCGCCAGCCUCGGCCGCACGCUGACGGCGCUGCACCGCAUCUUCCGCGACCGAGAGGGCCUGCUGUUGGAAGUGCGCUCUCUGGCCCGCGGCAGCGACGGGUUCACCUGCGCGGACUCGCAGUUCGUCUUCGACGACGACGCGCACGGGCGGCAGGCGGCGUUGUUCGCGCUGCGCGACCGCGCGCAGGAGGUCCGCGACGAGGUCGAGGCGGAGCGGCACGGGCUCGUGUACGUGCGCAUGGAGGGCGACGUCGGCAACGUGGUCAACGGCGCGGGGCUGGCGAUGGCGACCAACGACGCCAUCGGCCUGGCCGGCGGCCGGAGCGCAAACUUUCUCGACGCCGGCGGCCAGGCGACGACGCAGACGAUGAUGCAGGCGUUUGGCAUCGUCCUGCGCGACGAGCGCGUCAAGUCUAUUCUUGUCAACAUUUACGGCGGCAUCACGAGAUGCGACAUGAUUGCCGAGUCCAUCAUUGGCGCCGCCAAGGAGAUGAACAUCCACGUCCCGAUGGUGGUGCGUCUGCAGGGCACAAACUCGGAGGCGGGAUUGAAGCUUCUCGCGGAUGCGAAUCUAGGACUGCACGUAGAAUCCGACUUUGGAAAGGCGGCCGCCAAGGCAGUAGAGCUUGCCAAAGCAUAA